AAUGCCAUUAAUCACUAAUCUACCUCAGUUAAACCCAUUUUACCUUCUUUGUUCAAAACACUAAACAGAUUCACACACUCUUCUUCUUCUUCAUCAUCUUCUUUCUCACUCUUCCACAGAUCCACACCCCACUCUUUCUCUCUCUAAAAUGUCCCAUCUCACAGUCCUUACAAUUCUGUUACUGACACUAUCUCUCCAGACAGAAGCUUCCGUCCAUGAUUACAGAAGCGAAACUUUCUCCCCCAAAGGCAACGCUUUUGUCGUCCAUGGAGGAAGUGAAGGAAUUUACUCAUCUACCGUCAAUGAAACUUCUUUCUCACCUUCAAUUCCUGACUCUUUCAUAAGGUUUGAUAAAGUCACAUUCCGUAGAAACAAGGAAUUAUCAAACUUUAGCUCAUGGCCGAUUCAAGCCGUUGUUUUUGAAGUGGAAGAUAGAGAGACGAUUGGUGGUUCGGCCUAUGGAGGUCAAAGGGCUGUCUGUUGCACUGGUGAUCUGGCAAAACUUGGUGUGUGCAAUGAAGGACAAGUCAUUUACCGUCCUUCUACAGUGAAUUCAGACUGGCCUCAAGUUUUCGGCGUUGCUUUUAACAUAGAUGAUGAAGAAGCAGAGCUUCCGUUGAAAUCUAUUCAGAUCACAAAAACCGGAAUGUAUAAUUUGUAUUUCAUCCAUUGUGAUCCAAGGCUUAAGGAUUUGGUUGUAGAAGGGAAAACUGUAUGGAAGAAUCCCUCUGGUUAUCUACCCGGUAGAAUGGCACCUAUGAAAAUUUUCUUCCAGUUCAUGUCUUUUGCAUAUGUGUUGCUUGGGAUCUUUUGGUUCUUUCAAUAUGUUAGAUUUUGGAAGGAAGUAUUUCCAUUGCAGAACUGCAUAACACUAGUGAUAACACUCGGCAUGUUUGAGAUGGCUUUUUGGUACUUUGACUAUGCCGAAUUUAGCGAAACAGGAAUCAGGCCAACCGGGACAACUGUAUGGGCAGUUACCUUUGGAACUAUUAAGAGAACGGUUGCGCGGUUAAUCAUUUUAAUCGUUUCAAUGGGCUAUGGUGUUGUGAGACCUACCCUUGGAGGCCUUACAUCAAAGGUGAUUAUGCUUGGUGGAACCUUUUUUGUUGCAUCUGAAGUGCUUGAAUUGGUAGAACAUGUCGGUGCAAUAAGUGAUCUUUCGGGAAAAGCAAAACUUUUCUUGGUUCUUCCUGCUGCGGUAUUAGACGUGUUCUUCAUUCUUUGGAUUUUCACUUCGCUGUCUGCAACUUUGAAUAAGCUUCAGGCCAGAAGGAUGAUGAUAAAAUUGGAUAUGUAUAGGAAGUUCACCAAUGCUUUGGCAGUAGCUGUGGUUGUAUCUGUGGGAUGGAUAUGCUAUGAGCUGUAUUUCAAAGCAAAUGAUGUAUACAAUGAGCAAUGGCAAAAUGCUUGGAUUAUCCCAGCCUUUUGGCAAGUUCUGUCUUACUCUCUUUUGUGUGUCAUCUGUGUUGUCUGGGCACCAUCUCAAAAUUCAACACGAUAUGCUUACCGCGAUGAUGGGAGCGAAGAGUUCGAUAGGGAUGAUACUACUUUGACACUCAUAAAACCAUCUAUUUUACCAAAGGAUGUUAGUGUGCCGGAUGCUAGACCAGUACAAGGAAAUAAUGGAAAUUCAAAUGAUGAUUUAGAAGAAGAUAAAAGAGAAUAAGCUAGAAUAUAGCUAUGGUUCUGUAAUUCCAUUGUAUCAUUAGCUCUAUAACUCUUUUGUUUUACUGAUAAUUAGCUCUAUAACUCUUUUCCUUUUAGUUUUUAUUUUAUUUUAUUUAUUUUUCUCAUUAGUCUUCUCUGUUCUUAAUUUGAUAGCAUUUUCGACCUGCAGUUACUUGUAAGAUUGGAUUCCAUGAUAAAAGUAUAGUUCGGUUUACUAAUACAAAGGAAAUUGUCUUCAAUUA